AACAGCAGGAGAACCUGAGAUUUAAAAAAAAAAAACCCGAACAUCUCCUGUAUUAUGUCUCGGUAACCCAACACUACUGGAUGCAACUUUUGAGAAACUGCAGGGGGAAAACGGUGGUUUGGCAAAAGCCCUGCGAUCUGUUGAAUGUGGAGUUUGUUUGAGGGGUGAGAAAAUAUGUCAUUUCGGAGUCGUGGUUUAUUCCCACGUAAGAGAAGGCGCACCAAUGAGAGGCUUUUACGCUCCACCCUACCUGCCUCCUUCCCGACCCCCACCUCUCCUUUUCCAUCCACAUACUCACUAGUAACCACGACCUGCAGCCUGCCACAUCUGGAGCCGCUUUCCAACACGACAAAACUUCAACUUUUGCAUUCGCUGCGCGCUGCUUUACUUAUGCGCUCGUGAGCCGUUCGUGCGUCAGGGCGACUUUGUCUCUUUUUCCGUAGUAAGUAAAAAAUAAAUUCCUUCAUUUAGAUUGAUUUUUACUUCACGAUUGUAACACGCAGCUCGUCGGGGAGUUUCGUACAUGCAGUCGUUGGUUGGUUGUCUUUCGGCUUCGGAAAUGUCAAACAUGACACAUUUCCACGCUGCGUUUUGAGCGCAUGGAGCCGGAGCGAGAGACGCGUAAAGAACGGCGGAGCGCAGCUGCAGCCUGCCGUGUUCAUUAACACAAAUCCGGAAGAUCCAUUCACUCAGAGUGAUAACUCCACCUUAGUGACAAAUGUUAAGAGUGAUUCCAGUGUGAGAGCCGGUCGGUUGUAGAUGGCUGUCUGUGUUGAUGGUUCUGUGAGUCAAAAGCAUAUUGUGAAAUUCAACAGAGGUCGGUGAUGGAGUGACACAUCCCCGGCCUUAUUUUGGUCCAACACUGAUCUAACAUUUGGAAGAGAGGACUGGAAUAAGCCAUAAGGCGCACGGCUCCAUACUGAAGUGUUUAAGUUAGUCUGAGGGGAAAUUUAAAAGACCUAAAAAUACAGCGUUGGUUUCUUCCCUACAAAGAGUCAUUUGAACUUCCCACCGCAGAGCGACAUAAAUAGUUCUGACAUGUGGAUGUAAUUUCAGAAGAGGAAAAAAGACAGAUGCAGAGAAAUAAAGAGAGCGGCCGCAGCCUGGGCAUAUAGUAAGAUUAUAAGAAAUUAAAACGAGGGCAGAGCGACGAGAUUUCAGAGUUAUGAUUUCACAAGCAGCCGUUAGCACCGAGCAGCCAGAUGGAGUAAGAAAGCAAAACUGUCACUACUUUGAAGAGAGUUAAACAAAAACAAAGACCGUCUUCUCUGAGCAUCAGCAGCCGCUGUUCGAGCCCUGAAAGGAGUCAGGGAUGGGAUCCACACUGCUGCUCCACCACCUGGACCUUCUCCUCAUCUCACUUCUCAGCAUCAUAUGUCUGGUUUGCUCGGAUGAUGUGCUGACGAAGGAGGAACAGAUAGGACUGUUGUUCAAAGCCAAGAGGAAGUGUGAGGAUAACAUCAAGGUGAAGCAGAAGAUCCCUGAUGGAUUCUGCUCUCCAGAGUGGGACGGUAUAGUGUGCUGGCCUGAAGGACCUCCAGGAAAGCUCGUGUCCACUGCCUGUCCAGAAUACAUCUACGACUUCAACCAUAAGGGACUAGCAUAUCGUCGGUGUGACAACAAUGGAACAUGGGAACUGGUUUCGGUCAACAAGACGUGGGCCAAUUACAAUGAAUGUGCAAAAUUCCUCUACCAUUACAACCACAGUCAGGAGAAGGAAGUCUUUCACCGCCUGUAUCUCAUCUACACAGUGGGUUACUCCAUUUCUCUGGGAUCACUCAUGGUUGCCGUGGUCAUCUUGGGAUAUUUCCGACGUUUACACUGCACCAGGAACUACAUCCACAUGCACCUCUUCGUUUCCUACAUGCUCAGAGCGAUUAGCAUCUUUGUGAAAGAUGUUGUUCUUUACUCUGGAUCAUCCUUAGAGAACAUGGAAAGAGUCACGGUGGAAGAACUCAAGUCCAUCACUGAGGUGCCGCCAGCCAACAAAACACAUUUUAUUGGCUGCAAAGUGGUUGUGACCUUGUUCAUGUACUUUCUGGCGACCAAUUACUACUGGAUCCUUGUUGAGGGUCUUUACCUGCAUAGCCUCAUUUUUAUGACCUUCUUCUCAGACCGAAAGUAUCUGUGGGGCUUCACUCUGAUUGGCUGGGGGGUACCAGCUAUGUUUGUGACCGCCUGGGCAACUGUAAGGGCCACGUUUGCUGACACAGAGUGCUGGGACCUAAGUGCAGGCAAUUUGAAAUGGAUUUAUCAAGUGCCCAUCCUGGCUGCCGUGGUGGUUAAUUUUAUUUUAUUCCUGAACAUCAUCAGAGUUUUGGCCACCAAACUGCGAGAAACAAACGCAGGACGGUGCGACACAAGACAGCAGUACAGAAAACUGUUGAAGUCCACAUUGGUGCUAAUGCCACUAUUUGGUGUCCACUACAUCAUAUUCAAUGCCAUGCCGUACACGGAAGUGUCAGGAAUUCCCUGGCUCAUCCAAAUGCAUUAUGAGAUGCUGUUUAAUUCAUUCCAGGGCUUCCUGGUUGCUAUCAUAUACUGCUUUUGCAAUGGGGAGGUACAAGCUGAGAUCAAAAAGUCGUGGAGCCGGAGAACGCUGGCACUGGACUUCAAACGAAAGGCUCGCAGUGGCAGUAACACAUACAGCUAUGGACCUAUGGUGUCGCACACCAGCGUGACCAACGUCACUGCCAGAGGACCGCUGGCCCUCCACCUGACAACAAGGCUGGGCCCAGUGCCUGUAAAUGGGCACAGGAACCUGCCCGGGUACGUGAAGAACGGCUCGGUCUCUGAGAACUCCAUCCCGUCGUCAGGACAGGAGCUUCACAUUCCUGAAGAGGAGCAUUCUGCUCAAGUCAAGCCCUGCGACGCUGAGAAACCCUCGCCCGUGGUUGAGGAGGAGAGGGAGACAGUCAUGUGACCGUCAGGCUGUGGAACACACGCCGCUGAACGUGAGUUUGGUGUAUGACUGAUUGCGUUGCCAGUGACAGUUCUUUCUUUCAUUCCUGUGAAUCCAAACAAAAACAUUCCACACUGAUGUGGAUCAAGGCAACAAAAAGGGUCCAUCAUUUUUGACAGCUGUGCUACAUAUUUUAAGAAAGGAAAAAAAACCCUUUUUCUGUGUGGCAAAUGCUCUUUGAAGCACCUGCCACAGUGAAUGUACAUAAAGCUGGAGAGAGACUGGCUUUUCCCAACCUUUUUCACUGCCAUAAGUGUUGAUUUCUUUUGUCAUUUUUUGUCUUUUUAUCAGCAAACUCCCUGCGCUCACGUCUUGUGCAUACAUCAGAGGAACAGCCUUAAUCGUCACAUACGUACAUACGUUGGUGUGAGUGGAAGUAAUAGCUGUUUCAUGAGUCUUUAAAUUAAGUCCGUGUGAGUAGCAUCAGUGUAGAUGUGCAUGUUUCGUCGCACGUGUUCAUGGUUUCUCACUGGUUGUUCCAUUUCAGUGUAUCCACUUCAGUGUUAAAGGAAAGGUACUCAGGUAAUUGAAGUCAUUUGUUGUUGCACACAUUUGAUUUUCCGCUUAAUCAGCAAAA